UCUAAAUGUUGUCAGUGUUGUGGGUGGGGUUAUAUUUUGUGGUUAUGCAACCAUAAAGCUGACGGUUUACGUAACCAAAAAUAAAUCGUAUGUCAAAAAUAAAGUUCGGUGUAGAAUAAUACUGCUGUCGAACAAUAUGAUGAUGAGAGGAAAACUUUUGUUAUACAAGGCAUUACGAUUCAGUGGAGUGCGGCUGUAUUCUUCAAAGUCCAGGCCAGCAAUAAGAGGCAGAACUCCUUGUUCAAAUCAUGCUUGCUGUAGCAAUAUUUUAAGGGAAAAUUACUGUAGCAAUAUAUUAAGAGAAGAUGACAGCAUUUUAAAGAGAGAUUACUCAACCCCCAAAAAAGAAGAAUUCAUCAAAAAUGUUGGAUUUUUUACCAGAUUUAAAGAAAAUUUAGGAUUUAAAGGCACAUUGAGAUAUUAUCCAAUGACAUUAAAGUAUAGUGGUUUUCGACUGUAUCUAUCAGCAGCUGAAGCAUCACGAUAUAACAAUAUCUAUGAUUAUAUAGAUCUUCCUGAUACGAUGGCAUCCUGGCAUAAAUUGACAUGUCUGCAUGUUUGGUUGAUAAUGGUACGGGUAUCAACAGAAGGACGUGAGGGUAGAAUUUUACGUGAUCAAGUCAUAGAAAAUCUCAUUACAGAUACUAAAGCUAAGGCUAGGAUGCUAGGGAAAGAAUUAGAUAUCAGAGUACAAGCUGGUGACCUAGAUUUAUUACAUACAGAAUUCUUGGCAGCAUUAGGAAACUAUGAUGAGGGCUUGUUGUUAGAUGACAAAGUUUUAGCUGCAUCCCUCUGGAGAUCAUUAUUCACUUUUAGACAAGAUAUAGACCCCAGACACCUUGAGAUUAUGGUACAAUAUGUACGGAAACAGGUGCAGUUUUUACAGAAGAUGCAAAGCAAAUUUAUAUUAGCAAAUGGACUAAUUCCUUUCCUGCCUAUAGAAGGAGACAUAGUGCCUCAAUCAACAAAAGACAGACUGAAAUCUCUUAGUGAAGCUAAAUUACAACAUUAUACAACCAGAGGUUAAAUUUUUCAUGCUGAUGAUCUCACUUCACACUUUGUUUUUCUACAGUUGAAGGUUCAGUAUUACGUCCUGAGAAUUGACUGGUUGUUGUUUUGAACAAAAUCAAGUUUACGAGGUAGAUGCUAUUUAUAUAUAGAUAAGAGUAUUACUCAGAAAGAGUUAUCAAUUUUGAUAUUGUUAAAACAGCUUGGUAUAUUGUAAAACAUGAAAUCUUUAAUAUCAUGAUCAUUGUAAAUGAGCAAUUGAAAAGGAAAAAAAUAUCUCCAAAAAAUCAUGUAAUCCAGAUAUAACAUUCUCAUCCUCUAUGAUGGCACAUGUAAUUUAAUGAACAUUUGACUAAAUCUACAUUAAAUGUUUGAGAAUGAAAGUUGGGACACAGUCAAAUUUUGAAGAGGAAGUGGCACCGACUAAGAUGAAUUUGACACAGUCUAUAAUUUUGAUAAGUUUAUGGAUAGACUUUUGUUGAAGGUUAGAUAGAAACAAAGUGUAGUGUAGUAAGUACCAGAGAAAUAUUGAAAUACUUUUAAAUGAAACCCCCUAAUCUGUGAUAAACAUUUGCCACUUGAUUUGAGCCGAGCCAGACCUAACCCUCAUACAGUCGGACAGGCUCUAUAUUAUUGGAUGAUCUUGAGUUUCCAUCUUGAUAUCCCAAAAUUAAUAACCAACAGUUGAGGCAUCACUGUCCUUCAUUCAGGUACAUGAUUCUUUAUUUGAAAUAUCUUUGAAACAAAGAAUGGUUUUAAUUUGUUAAUUUAAAUAUAUAUAAAGUGGUCAUUAGAAAGCACAAAAGGGGAAGUUUCAUUGUUUGUCAAUUUUGUUUAACAUAAGUUAUUUUCCCUUUUUAGUAUAAAAAAAUGGCCUGAAAUUAAAAAUUACUUUAAAAAUUUUAUAAACAAGUACAAGUAUAAAUCUUUUAGCAAGUUAACAACUACAACUCUUACUUGUGCUUUGAUUUAGUAAAGCCGCUUUAUUAAUUUCACUGUUUUUAUUGUUUGUUUUGUUUUACCAAUUUUUCACAAUCAUUGUUAAAUAUUUAUUUUUCAAACCUGACUCAACUAGUCAAAAUAUUUGGACAGAGAUUAUUUCAUUUCAUAUUUCUUUUUUUUUUUUACCUAAAUGUAAAUGGACAAAUGAAUUGCAUCCAGUGAUAGAUCAAGGUUUAUCUGUGAAAAGAAAUUGUAACAGUUGUUGUCAAGAAACAAGCAAAUGACUUGAUAUCAAACUUGAUAUAUUGUCCUCUCAUAUUCACGCAAAAUAUUCAGUUUAUUUGUAGGCAUUAUUUGGAGACUUAUUUACUGACUGUCUUGAACUACCUCUUUCUUUUAUCAAUUUUCAGAAAUUGUAAAUUACUGUUAUAAUCAAUUUUUUGAAAAUUGAAUCACUUAUAGGAUCAGUAAAAGCAAUUAACAUAGGAAAGCAAAUCACAGUAUCAGAUUUUGAGAAAAGCUAAAAACACCAUGAACACACAAGUUUUUGGUAUAUGCAUCAGUGUAUGAGAAAAGUUAAAGAAGAAGGGAAGAGAUUGAUUGUGUGUUCAAUUCCAAAUAUGAGGAGUAUUAUAUUGUAUAAAUGAGCCGCGUCAUGACAAAACCAACAUAAUGGGUUUGCGACCAGCAUGGAUCCAGACCAGCCUGCACAUCCGUGCAAUCUGAUCAGGAUCCAUGCUGUUCGCUAUCAGUUUCUCUACUUGUUAUAGGGUUUGUAAGCAAACAGCAUGGAUCAUGAUCAGACUGCGCGGAGGCGCAGGCUGGUCUGGAUCCAUGCUGGUAGCAAACGCAUUAUGUUGGUUUUGUCGUGAUGCAGCUCAAAUAUUCAUUGAUGAAAUAUUUUGUUUAUAUAUUUAUUGCACGGAAUAAUUAUUUUUCCAUGCUUGCAUUUAUCAAUGAGCAGUUUUCAAUAAA